ACCAGGGCUGCCCGGCUAGCCCCCCUACCCCCGCCCGACAUGCGCCGCGCCCGCCUGGACGCCUCCCUCGGCCGCCUCCGGGCAGAAGUGUUGUGCCUGCGGGCAGCGGGGGACACGCUGCGGGACCAGAUGCAGGGCAUGAUGCGGACUCUGCAUGAGCUGAAGCGGGUGCCAGGCCCAGCUCCACAGCUGGGCCUCCCCAAGCCAGCACCAGCUCCCCCUGGGCCCUGCUGGGAGCGGCCUGCAGAGAACCGGGCAUCGGCCGUCUCAGAGGCAGACUCUGCCUGCUGCCUGGAGCUAGCGGAGGAGGAGGAGUGCGCGCCACCCGCUAGUGAGAGGAGCCUGGAGUUCGACUCGGGCUACUCGGAGGUGUCAGGGGGCACAUGGCGGGAGGAGGGGCCAGUGCUGCGCAGGAACCCCCCGCCCUCCUGCCAGCGGGUACACAGGCUCUCCACAGGGGGCUUCCUCCGCAGCAGCCCUAGCCAGGUCCCUGGCCGGCGGGUCCGGCCCAAGUCCACCUCAGAUGCCUGCCUGGAGCAGUGGCGGGUGCUGGAGCCAGUGGACACGCAGGACUGGACUGUGGCACUGCUCUCACAGAGCCGCAACCGGCAGCCGCUCGUGCUGGGUGAUAACUGCUUUGCUGACCUGGUGGAGAACUGGAUGGACCUGCCUGAGGAGAGUACACUGCCCCGCCGGCUGGCCAAGCCCCACAGCUUCUUGCUCAACCUCUCGGGCAACGUGCGGCGCAAGCUGGCCAGUCUGGCACGCCCCAAGGGCGCAACCGCCCCCCAGUCUGGCCCCAAGCACCUUGGUGGGCGGGCGCAGGGACCCCUCUUCCACCAGUCACAUGGUGACGUUGCCAAGCUCACCACAGACUGCACCCGCUUCGCUGCGCUCCUGAACAGCCGCAGCCGACAGCCAAUCAUCUGCAACGACAUCAUCGGCUACAUUUAGCCCCGCCCCCAGCACAUUCCUGUCCCAGCUCUGCAUUUUUACCCAGCUAUGUAAAUAAACA